CUCGAUCCGCAAACUCGCUUGCGUAUUAUCAUUUGUACAAAACCAUUGUCCAAAGGCACAGAGAUAUCGAUCCUCACAUUCAUUCCUCAAGAUCAUCUUCUGGCAUACCUUCUCAUCUUACAAUGAUUGCUUACAGAUUGUUUUUGCUUAUCGUCCUUCCAGCUUUUUGUUUUUGCGUUGGUACCCCUCCUAGAUCUCCUUCGCCAGUUCCACUCGAUAUAUUAAAUUUUGAUGACUAUAAAAACGCUUUCCUUGAGCCACAUCAUCCAGAGAGCGGCAGUCCACAGCACUCUAGUCCGCAAGGAGCUCGUUUGCAACCUGCUAAUCCACAAAAUGGUGAAGGAUUACACGUACAGCAAUCGAUUUCGCAACCAAGUUCAAUCACCAAACCGCGAUCCAAAGGCGGUAGAAAGAGAGUUCUGCCUAACCAAGAAAGGGUGCUGACCUCACAAGAACGAAAAGAUCGUUGGAAAGCAAAAGAAAAGAAGUCCAAAGGUGAUCCUGAUUUUGAAUUUAAACAAACCCGAAAGCGAAAGGUGGGUAAACAAGAAAGCCUUGCGUUGGGAAAAGCAAGUAGGUCAAGCCAAAAACGUAAAGCUGCUAGCUCAGAUAGUUCUUACUCGUGGUAGAUGUUAUAUUGUUAUUAGCGAGACUUUUCAUUCAAUUUGUUUUUUUCCUGAUGUCAAGAUUACGUCAUUUUGGUAUGCUGUAUCGAUGAGAAUGAUUAACCUGUCUUCCAUUAUGCAAAGAAUGC